UUUUUCGCUUUCCUGGCAAACGUCCCACACCAGCUAGAGUUCUUUGGGAAGCGGUGCACGAGGCUUCUGCCCUGUUCUUCUUUCUUCUCUUUGCUGGAUCCGGAAGGCGCUGGGAUUUUCUUGAAGUAAGGUGCCCUCUUAAAACGAGUCCAGGAUUAUUACUUUGUGCCACUUUAUUCGAAGGCAGCCGAUUAGAACCAGUGUAAAUAAUUAUUCAUAAAAUUUCCACAUGGCCGAUGACGACAGAGAAUACAGCUGAAAGAAACUAUCCACCAGAAGCUCGAGUUUUUUGAAGCACCGCUCACGCCUCUAUUAGUUGUACCCAAGCAUAGCUUUGGGGGACUGAAUUUAGACUUUCCUAUCUGAUCAAGCGAAUCCGAAGAGGAGGACGAAGACGUAGGAAGGAAGAAGGCAUCCAGUGGACAAAAAACAGCUCGCGAAGAAUCUCAACCGAAAAUGACUGAGGCCGAAAUUGCAAUGGAGGAGAAGCUGAGGAAGAAGAAGGAAGAAGAUGAAGCCAUGUGGCAAGAAUACAUCGAGCAAUGGAGAAAACAAAGAGCAAAGGAAGAAGAAGAGCUGCGAAAGCUCAAAGAACGCCAGGCGAGACGAAAAGUGACCAGAGCCGAACAAGAAAAACGAAUGAUGGAAUUGAAGAGGAAGCAAGAAGAAGCUAGGCAACGAGAAAUAGAAGAAAAGAAAGCCAGAGAGGCGGAGGCUAAACGAAAACGUUUAGAAGAAGCUGAAAAGAAAAGGCAAGCCAUGUUGGAGGAGCAGAGGAAAUUGAAGGAGGGCGUUAAGCCUAACUUUGUCAUUCAAAAGAAAGAAGGUGGAGUUGCUCCUGUAACCGCUGGUCAUCCUGCCGGUUUUGAUAAGAUGAGCCACAUCGAGCAAGCCCGCAGCGAGAUGGGAAAAUCAAAGGAACAACUGGCCGAGGACAAACAAAUUGCUUUGACCUACCGUGUCAAGCCUCUCAAUAUUGAGGGUCUGGGUACCGAGAAGUUGAGGGCGACGGCUGAAGAACUCUGGGCCAAGAUCGUACAAUUAGAGAGCGAGAAGUACGAUUUAGAAGAUAAAAUGAAAAGACAAGAUUACGAUUUAAGGGAAUUGCAAGAGAGGCAGAAACAAAUCAACAGACAGAAAGCUUUGAAGAAAGGCAUAGAUCCUGCAGAAGCAGAAGGAAAAUAUCCGCCAAAAAUUCACGUUGCUAGCAAGUUUGAACGACGUGUUGACAGGAGGACAUAUGUUGACAAGAAAGCUCUGUUCGAUGGUGGCUUGGAACAAACGAUCAAAGAACAGAUGGAGAAGUCCUGGGCCGAACGAAUGAAUAGCUUCAAGGAGAAGGGAACUAAAAAUCUUCCUAAAUGGGAUCCUACCGCUCCAAAAGUAAAGGAAGUUAUUGAACACAGGACAUACGAUGAUGAAGAUGAUAUUUUGGAUUUGGAGCCUCCGAUGUUUGGUUUAUCAGAACCAGAACCAGAGCCGACAAGGAGAGCACCAUCACCACCUCCUCAACAAGAAGAAGAAGAAGAAGAGGAGGAGGAGGAGGAGGAGGAGGAAGACGAAGAGGAAGAGGAGGAGGAAGAAGAAGAAGAAUAAACAUAAUAUCUCCAAAAGCAUUAAAAUUUCCUGGAAAUUCCUGGCGAAUAGGAGUGAUUAGCUGCCUCUUCUACAAAAAAUAUAUGAUGGCUGAAAUCAAGAAAUCCUGGUUAUGACGAAUUUAAAUUUUAAAAGGACUGUGACAAAAGUCAUCACGUCUAUAAAAAACUACAAAAAACAGUUAAAACUCAGAAAAAAUUUCUAUUGAACUCUUUUCUCAGAUCCAUUACCAUACUGAGCGGCAACAGCUCAUCCAUUCCUCAGAACGCGGCUCUGUAUUCAUUUGCUUAUUUUAUUCGCUGUAAAAUAUAUCAGAAAAACAGAUCAUGUAUUGGAAAAUAUAAGGAAAACUUUUGUUUCUUGUUAAUUUUCGUUUUCAACCGCCAAUGAGGUUACUUUUUAACAGUGCAUUCGGUACCUCUCUGCGAUAACUGGUUCAUGUUUAUGUAAUUUUACUGAACCGUGCAUCGUAUGUGGCGUUUGUAUCUGUUAAAUGCAUCCCCAUAUUUAUUAAAGAAUGCAAUGUUUUCUUCA